AUGGACGGCCGACGAAAUGUUGACCGUCAAGAGGAGGACACGGCCACCCAAACCGAGGCUGUACCGACGAGGCAGCCUGUUCGAGGCCUGACCACCGACACGACCACUCGCGACCACUUUGCGCGACAGUCAUGCCCACGAAUUGGACUCGAGCGCCUUUCGGAGGGCGCUGAACAGACGAGCUCAAGCCGUGUGCAAGCGGUCGACUCAGCCGGUCAUUGCGCUUCCGCCUCCGCGACCGACUCGAGCGGUGGGACUCGAACCGUUGAUGAGCAUGAGCAUGUGUGUGUGUGUGUGUGUGUGCUCCUUCUCCUUUUGACUCCCGGCGGAGGUGAAGUGAAGCGAGCCACUGUCGAGACCAAUCAAACUGGCUCCGUUCUGCCAACUGCCUCGGAAUUGUGCAGCCUUAUGUUCCAACGGACGACGAACAGGCUCGACUCCAUGCACGAGGUAAUGGAGAAGAUAUUUCUGCCCGCUCUCAAAGUCAAGCCUGCUCAGUUGGGGAAGCUGCCAUUGGAGAAGUACAUUGACUACGUGAACUCUGUCGAGAGCUACUUGAUCGCUUUGGAGAGUAAGUUGGAGUCAUGCUUUGUGGUGAUGUUGGGCAUCAUCACGUCUGAGGCCGGAGAGCUGAUCGGGCCGAGUCGAGAAGGCCAACCAGAUCCGGGCAUUCCGGACGCCACUUUGGAUGAUUCAUUUCGACCAAAUUUACUUGAGUUCCGCUGA